AAGCGUCCAAUAAGAAGUCGAAAGGCAGUCAAGGAACUAUACAGCGCAGUCAGGAGACGGGAAUGGCUGUGGAAUUGCAAAGGAAUAUGAGUCGACAGCCAAGCCGGGAAUCCAACAACGGAAGCACAAAUAGCUACAACUCAGAGGGCAGUCCAAUCUUCCCAGCAGUUCGAGUUGAGACUCAGUUCAGUGACUUUUUGGAUGGCCUGGGCCCUGCUCAAUUGGUUGGUCGACAAACCCUUGCCACACCAGCUAUUGGUGACAUUCAGAUUGGCAUGGUAAAUAAGAAAGGCCAGCUGGAGGUGGAGGUGAUAAGAGCACGAGGUCUAAUCCAAAAACCAGGAUCCAAAUCCCUGCCCGCUCCAUACGUCAAAGUCUAUCUUCUCCACAACGGGGCAUAUGUAGCUAAGAAGAAGACAAAAAUUGCACGCAAGACACUCGACCCGCUGUACCAGCAGACGCUACAGUUUGAAGAAAGUCCACAGGGAAAAGUGUUACAAGUAAUAGUCUGGGGAGAUUAUGGACGCAUGGACCACAAAUCCUUCAUGGGAGUUGCACAAAUCCUACUAGAAGAGCUGGACCUCUCCAGCAAUGUUAUUGGCUGGUAUAAACUUUUCCCGCCUUCUUCCCUAGUCGACCCGACUCUUGCCUCUCUAACUCGACGUGCUUCUCAGUCAUCCCUGGACAAGGACAAUUCACCGGCACCCACCGGGGUCCGAUCAUAGUGGACUAACAAAAAUAAAGCACAUUCAAUACACGCCGAGAGACAACGGGACAACAAUAAGAGCCAGGCAGAAAAUGCGAUGAAAUAACACAAAGCUUUGUUCAAAUCUGACAAUCACUCCUGUGACUUUGUUUUUAUGUCUCCUCUAUGUGGGUAGCCCGUGUUCUGCCAAAUUUGUUUGUCCUCGACAAAACCAUUUGUUUCUCUCACUGAGAUUUAGGGCUGUCUUCACUAGCACAUGGGAAGCACCGCUUUUGUGGGCGACAUUAGAAAGCAGGGUGGUCUUCAGUCAAGUCUUCAUUAAAGAAAUAAUGUACGUUAGCUAGUUUUUAACAGAGCAUCAGAAUGUAUUAACCCAAAAACAAAGGUGACCUCUGACCAAGGGAUUGUGGGGUUUCAGUUGAGGCCCUGUUUAAACCCUGUUUGUACCGAACGUCAAAGGUCAGGCGCUGUAAAGAUGUAGGGUGUCCCCUGGGGAGGUUGUCCGGAAGGGCAGGGCCCUUGUUGGUGCCUAAACCUGGAGGACCCAAAGCCAUGGUCUGUUUAGUUUAAAACAAACAAACAAACAAACAAAUAAAAAGAUUAUGUAGUUCCUCUGUUUUCAAUGUGACUGCUAACGGAGGCCAAAUUUAUUUUUAAUUCUGUUUAUUUAUUUCCUUUUUUUU